AUGAGCCAUGAGGAAGCUGUCAUUGAGGCGGCUAGGACGGGGCUCGCAGAGUGGCUUGAGGGUUUAGUGCCUGAGGUCGAGGACAAAACUGUCGUAAGCGCCAUCUUGGAGGCGUCGAUCCACGGCCACGUUGACUGUGUGGACGUGUUGCUGGAGGAGUACGAAUCCACGAUUCCGACGACCUACACGACUUGGGACAGCUUGCUUAAAGCAGCCGUAGCUGCCGCAGCUUACGGCCACCUCGAUGUUCUAGAGCUACUUCUGUCCAAGAUCCACCCUGGAUCGGAUCGACUGCAGAGCUCUGACUUGUGUAGCACAGCGCAUCAAGCUUUGGCUGCCGCGGCAGAAGGUGGCCAUCUGGAUGUGGUCAAGUUCACGGUGGAGUACGUAAAGAAGAAAGAUUACACACAGUUUUUCUUGGUAUUGGGACGUGCCAUCUUCGGCGAUCAGAAGGCUGUAGUGGAGUUUCUGCUGGACUUGGAGGAGUUCGAGUGGGACCUGAAAGACGCGUUUGUGGAGGCUGUGGAUGCAGAAGACAAAUCUCUGGCAGACAGGAUCUAUGGGCUCUACUUGCAGAAAUCCACCAAGAAGGACUUGUUCACUUAUCUGGCGUGUUGCGGCUUCCUCGAUGCUCUGAAGUAUCUGUACGAAACCCAAAAUGCCGACUUCGAGUUGAUCGGGGAGGCGUUCGUGAAAACGGUGGAGUGGAGAGGGAAUGAUACACUGGAGUUUCUGCUGAGUACUGACCGGGUUUCGUCGGAAGCAUUUGAGAAGGGCUUCGAGAAGGCGGUUGUCGCCUCGUGGGACCGCGAGAACAUGGUACCUUUUCUCUUGGAGAAGAAGCGAGCGUCUGCACAGUCGAUCAAUAAAGCAUUCGUGGCGGCGUGGAGUAGUGAAAUGCUCCGUAUUCUGCAUUCGUGCGAGCACAUCUGGGACGAGUCUAUCUGCACCGUGUUUGAGAAGGCAACAAGAGGCAUGAAAAAGAGUUACUCUACCAAAGAGGGGGAGAAUGUUCGCAUUAUCAAGCUGCUGUGCACGAAGGACUGUAUAUCGGCUGAGAUGAUCGGCCAAGCGUUCGUGGCUGCAGCUUCGAAUGGACAGUCUGAGCUGCUUAUGUUGCUGCGUGAUGAUGGGCGUAUUUCUUCCCAAAAGGUGGGCGAAGCUUUCGUUGCUACCGCCACACGUGAGAAGAGUGAUAUGAUGAUGUCCUUGUAUGAUAAGAGUAUAUCUCCCGACGCGCUUCUCAGUGCGUUCUCCAAUGCUGCCUACCGCGGACGGAUUCGUAACGUGAAAGAACUGGUGAAAUUACUCUCAAACCAAGACCUCGUACCUCAAUAA